AUGUACAAAGCCCAUACUUGUUUGUGGUCAAUAAGUGACGAGGCAUAUCAUAAUAAACAAAUGCGCAAUAAUGCGUUAAAUUCAAUGGUGCCGGCAUUUAAAGAAAUUAAUCCAGAUGCAACUAUAGCCACAGUGGAUAAAAAAAUUAAAAGCAUUAGGAGCGUUUUUAACAAGAAGGUUAACAAGAUAAAAGCUUCUAUGCGCUCGGGCUGUAGCGCACAAAACGUCUACAAGCCAAAACUCUGGUACUUCGAUCAUCCUAAAUUUUUAGAUGAUCGACACUACCCAAACAUGAGGUCUCUGUGCAGGAGUUCAGAAGAACUUUCAGACGCGAGGCGACAAUCGGUGAUAAAACGAGAGCAUCUCGAGCAGCGAAUUGUUAGCGACGAUACCGGUAUUCGACGGAUCGUCUGA